UUCGCGCUGUGCCGCGGCCCCUCCGGAGCGGCUGGCUGCCCCUGCCCCGCUCCCGGAGCUGCCCGCGGCCGGGCGGGCGGGGACAGCGGGGAGCCGAGGCGACCCAAGGAGCGGCCCGCCGCCCUCGGGGAGGCUGUGCUCCGGGGAGCAACGGGGGGGAGGCGGCUGGCACAGGCGCUGGGCUUUCGUCGCCCGCCCCCCGGCAACGCCGCCGUCUGCCCAGCGCUGGCAGCCCCGGGAGAUGGUGACACAUGAAGCGUGCGGGAAGGACCAUGGUUGAGAGGACCAGCAAGUUCUUGCUGAUCGUGGCCGUCUCGGUGUGCUUCAUGCUUAUCCUGUACCAGUACGUGGGGCCGGGGCUCAGCCUGGGUUCCCCCAGUGGCCGCUCCUACUCGGAGGAGCUGGACCUCUUUCCCACGCCGGACCCGCACUACGUGAAGAAGUACUACUUCCCCGUACGGGAGCUGGAACGGGAGCUCGCCUUCGACAUGAAGGGCGAGGACGUGAUCGUCUUCCUGCAUAUCCAGAAGACCGGCGGCACCACCUUCGGCCGGCACCUGGUGCAGAACGUGCGGCUGGAGGUGCCCUGCGACUGCCGUCCCGGGCAGAAGAAGUGCACCUGCUACCGCCCCAACCGCCGGGAGACCUGGCUCUUCUCCCGCUUCUCCACCGGCUGGAGCUGCGGGCUGCACGCCGACUGGACCGAGCUCACCAACUGCGUGCCCGGGGUGCUGGACCGCCGGGAGAGCGCCGCCGCCAAGACGCCCAGGAAAUUCUACUACAUCACACUGCUGAGAGAUCCCGUAUCCCGUUACCUCAGUGAAUGGCGUCACGUCCAACGAGGAGCUACUUGGAAGACCUCCUUGCACAUGUGUGAUGGCAGGACACCAACUCCUGAAGAGCUGCCAUCAUGCUACGAAGGCACGGACUGGUCAGGCUGCACACUGCAGGAGUUCAUGGAUUGCCCAUAUAAUCUGGCCAACAACCGCCAAGUGAGGAUGUUGGCUGACUUGAGCUUAGUGGGCUGCUACAAUAUGUCUUUCAUCCCAGAGAACAAGCGAGCACAGAUCCUGCUGGAGAGCGCAAAAAAAAACCUCAAAGACAUGGCCUUCUUCGGCCUGACAGAGUUCCAGAGAAAGACUCAGUACCUGUUUGAGAGAACUUUUAAUCUGAAAUUCAUCCGGCCCUUUAUGCAGUACAACAGUACCAGGGCAGGAGGGGUGGAGGUGGAUAAUGACACCAUCCGCAGGAUCGAAGAGCUCAAUGACUUGGAUAUGCAGCUCUAUGACUAUGCAAAGGACCUCUUCCAACAGCGCUACCAGUACAAACGGCAGCUAGAGAGAAUGGAGCAGAGGAUAAAGAAUCGGGAAGAGAGGCUUCUUCACCGGUCCAAUGAAGCGCUUCCCAAGGAAGAGACGGAAGAGCAAGGACGCUUGCCCACUGAGGACUACAUGAGCCAUAUUAUAGAGAAAUGGUAGCCUAGGCAGACUUUUAUAUUAAUGAUUCUUCUUGGGUUUCCAUAUAAAAGAUCAUGGAAGUAAAACUGCAAAAACCAACAAGAACUAUUUUAUUUAAAAGCAAGUCUGUAAAACAGAAGGUAGAUUGCUUCCUUGAGCAGGGGGUCUUUUUACUGUUUCUUACAAGACCAAUGAGAUUCUUAAAAAAAAAUAAUAAAGACAUAAAAAAAGCAUCAACAUGAUAAUGCAGAGGUAAACCAUGCACAAAUGCAGCUACCCACUCUUAAGGCCUAUCACAAAAGAAUGUUUCUUAUCCUCACAAUUCAAACACCAAUGGCAAAAAUAGGAUUUUUAAGAUCUGUUUAUGCCCUGAGCAUAAUGACAUAAAGAUACAGAAUUAAAAACCUAGGAAACAGAGGUUUUCUUCUGUGGGCUUUUUGGAGCUGGGAUGGGAAUUGCAUUGUUUGUAAGUAAACGAUAAUGGUGACUAAGCUGACGGUGUGCUAUCCUGUCAGGCUGUGAUCUGAGCACAAGGGCAGUCACUUCAUUUCAGCUGGCAGCCACUGCCAGAAAGCAGACAACCAUAAAAAAACAAAAGAAGAAGAAAAACAUCAGAGGACAAGAAACAUUAAAGCAAAUUGACUGUGGCCUAGGAUAUAUACUUAGCACAGAGGUUUUGAUACACUGCACUGGUAUCACAUAUACAUAAGCAACUUCAUCACAAAGAUAAUAGGAAAUUCAUGCACAGAGCUCCCAGAUUUGUUUCACAGGUAGGUCCCAAAACAAUUAAAAGCCAACCAAAUUCCACAAAGGCUCAAAUGUGCACUCACAUGCCAUCCUGUCAUCCUAUACAACUGCCGCUCAUGCUGUCACCAGUAUUAUGUGUUAACAGCACAUGGAAAUCCUCUUCUAAAUACAAAAAAAAGGAAGAAGAAUUUAAAUAGCAAUACUCCCUGCACAACAGGUUCCAGGGAAGACCCUGCAAGUAAUUAGUGGGAAGAUGAUGAGGGGGUGAUUUUGUUUUGUUUGUUGCUAUGUGAAGUGUGAAGUGCUGAACUAGAACAAGCAUACAGAGGUACCUGUAUUUUUUUCAGUUAUUUUUACUUGUUUUUAUCAAAUGAUAGUGGUUAUCAGCCUGCUUCCAGUGAGGUCACCGGGACUGAUUUAAGGGGAACAGGAUGGGGCUCUCUUCCAGAGCUGUGAAAAUUUCUGACUAUGGGUCUGAACUAAUUAUGAGACGGUGCACACUGUUUUGGCACCGUGCCUAUUCUGCAGCUCUUACUUUACAUGAACAAGCUGUGUUCAUAAACUGGAAAGGGGAAUCAUGGAUGUUUUUUUAGUCUCAGACCACUUUCAAAGCAGAAAUUUUUCAAUGCUGUUUUUUAGGGACUGAUGUGAGUUUAAUCCUCCAGUGUGGUGACAGUCUAACCAGGUUCUGCUUGCUGCCUUUUGAGUCAUAGAACAACAAUGACUUCUCCAAUUCCUAUUCCCACUCACCAAAUUAAAGUAUGGCUUACUUUUUGCUGUUGCAAGCACUUCUUUGUUUGGGUGGAAGCAUGGAAAUGAAGCAGUUUUUGCGUGUUUCAUGUCUCACUCCAUUAUUACUGAGCCUGUAGGACCUGAACCAGCUACUGUUUAGGGUAAACGAUGACCCAGAUGGAAUAUAAUUUGAUUUUCAAAGGCCAUGCUAACUGCAAAUCAAAUAUGGCAUUGAAACCACUGGAGGGGAGGCAGAGAGCUGAUGCAUUCAAUUUUAGCAUGUCCCUUUUACAGUGUUCCUUUCCCAUCACACAUAGCCACUGAAGUUCUGCUUGUUUUGUAUUUUAUUUCACUCUCUGCCUCUGUAUACUGUUUCCAAGAGUUUCAUAUCGAACUGAGUUUUACAAAGGAGGGGCUGCUUUAAGCAGAAGAGCUGCCUUGUUUCUUCUGUGUACACCCUGGGGACACACCUUGCUUCUGAAGAUGUUCUUUUCCCAAGUCAAAAUUACUAAAAAGUUAAAAACAGAACAUGCAAACAGCAAUUUGGGCUCAAAUACAACCCUGUUACAGCUCUGAUCCAAAGCCCACUGAAGGCGGAGUAUGCCUUUCCUAGGGAAUUCAGAUGGGUUUCGAAAAGGGCUGCAUCCCGGGGCUGCAAAGUACGCAAGCAAAUGGUUAUCCAUAUAGAAGGACAGUACAGUGUUGUUACCCAUGCAUUCAGCUGGUACCAGUAUUUGGUAGUGGUGUUGCUGUCUGUAAGGUUCUGUCAGUGCUUCUGCCACAAAAUGGCCCCUGUUCCCAGAGAUGUAUAGCUUGGCCAUAAGCAUUUUCUCCUAGCUGAAAAGUGGGAAGCAAAAUGAAGCAAUUUUCGGUUGUUGGCUUAGGGGCAGAAGGUAUUACAACUCCAUUUGCUCAUCUUUGAAUUCCAAGACUGGGAGGAGCUAUGUCUGCUAAUUCCCAGCGCUUUUAUGUGUUGUUGUAACUAAAGAAAACAUAUUUAAAAAAAUGCAAUUUUACAGGCUGUUUACCCACGAAACCCAUACACACGAUAUAAAAAGCAACUGCUUUAUAUGCACAGUUCCCCGCUUUCCCCAAAGGCAAUUCACUGUGCAUCCUAUGUUACGGAUCCAUCACACACAAGUGGUUCCUGCAGCUAAUCCAUAUUCGAGGUGGACAUCGGCACAGGGCCUUGGAGUGAAUGCCAAGGCAGGUCCAUAUAUGCUGGCACAGAUUCUGAGUGCCGUUCUGUACCGAAUUCUGCUCUCAAGGGUGACAGUAAACAGGACUGUGCAUGAUUAGGACUGGUAACAUUUCUUGGCUUGGUUUGCCUGAGUUGUUUCUACGUUAUGGGCUCUUGAGUAUCCAGCUGGAUUCCAAUUGAUCUGUCUGCAGGGUUCCCUAAAUCAGAGGCAGCCUUUGACCUUAGAAGCAUGUCAGUAGAAGACCUUGUUCCAACAUUUUGUUUGUAAUAUAUUACAGUAGCAAGCAGAAGAAAUGAAACUAUAUUGAAAACUGUCUUGUUAACAGUUUCAGUUCAACCCACAAAAGGACGGCUGACCUCAGCCUAGCACUGUGGCAGAAAUGUUUAGACUCAAAACUUGUGUCCAGCAAAUGCCUCAAUUCUUCCACCUGUACAUUGGGAAUAACAAAUUUAUGCAUUUUAAAGAGGUAAUCCAAGCCACGAAAAGUAUAGGGCACUUUGAAAUAAAGUCAGAAAUAUAGUGAAUGACUGAAAAGCCAUCCCUCACCCUGCACGCUAUGCUGGUCUCUUUACAGCUGUAGGCCAUGGGUUCAUUUAUUCCAAGUGCUGUGUGCCAGAGCAUGGGUUGCAGAAUGUACCUGGUGUGAUCUUCUUCUUUUAGAGGGUUUAAGGGAGGGAGCUUUUUUAACAUGAUGUGUACUUAGGUUUUUUGUGAUUUAUACAUACUACAGUUUGAAGUGGUACAAUUAAUUUUUAGGACUGAUUAUUUGAUGCUACAAUAACAUGAAAAAAUGCGUGUGUAGUUUUAAAAUGAAUGGAGAAUAAUGGCUUUAAGGCACUCUGGCAGAAGUAUUGACCAGAUAGUACAUUCUUGUUCAGUAUCUGCCCCUUUCUUCCAAAACAUUUUUCCUACGACUUUCAGAUGCACUCAGACCUUCUUCACUACACAGUGUUUCUUGAGGGCCUGUCAGUGCAUCAUGAUCCAGGUCAGGAUAAGUAAGUGUUGGGUACAAUGAGGGCAGGAGAGGCAGUUCCCCUGGAUUUCACAUUUUACCUAGUUGCAUGCUUGUCCAUCCCACAGUGUUUCUAUCAUGGAAAGACUUUACAAAGGCUGGAGCUGUGUAAGGUAUUUCUGUGCAGAGCCUUGCACAUCUGCCAAAAAGGGUGAUGCUCGGAGUGAGGAGUUACCAGUACAAGUAAGAAGUAGAAUUCUUGCUUUGGGAGGGUGGAAAGACUAAGACAUGCUGCAGUGCUAAGAUCUUUGUUGCUUUUAGUCACCUGAACAGUGUUAACUUUACUGGCUGUUCUUGCUGAAGGAGACUUUUUAGUGCUCAUUUGUCUCAUCCCACCUGGCUCUGCUGGAGUUUUCCUCCUCCAAAGUGUUCCACACAGAUGCCACCUUGUACCCUACCCAGGUCACAAAACACAGGAUUGGCCAGUUAAGUUGCAAACUCAGGCUGUCACGGAGCUCCAUGGCAUCAAUAAAAACCUCUCACAAAAGGGUCAGUGAAUUUCUGACUUGUCUGAAUUUCUCUCUUUAUGCCCAACAUUGUGGAGCACUUCAGGUUGAUGGGUUUGCACCCUAUAGUCCCUUAUUUGCUUACAAAAGUGGGAUGGCAACAAAAGCAGCAUAAGGAAGAUCCCAACAAGCUUUUGAAUUCUCUCCAAGGGCUGUCCUGUAGGAGAGAAAGGGCAGCACUGUUGCUGAGAGUAUGAGCAAGACAGAAGGACCACCACAGUGGCAGACACAUGGCAUUUAGGAAGUUUUCACUCUGAGCCCAUCAAAUCACCUCAUAGAGACCCCCCAGCAGCUACAGAAGGUAAUGACUAACAUUACAGAGCAGGGCCUGACUGAGAUUUAUACCCUGGGGUUAAAAGCAGCUCUAGCUUCUCACUGGUGUUCAUAGUUACUCAAACCCCCUUCUGUCCUAUAGAAUUUUCAGAAUGUCACAAAAAUGGGUAGUGCUACAGGAGCUAGCAACACAGACUAAUGCUAAAUGUUGUAUUUCCAGGGGUAUAGCUUGGAAUGCAACUUACAGUACCGGCUGGAUUCGAAUCACGGGGUUGGCUGUGUUAUCUUUUUCUUCUUGUCUUUACUAAUAUUUAGCAGAUCAUAUCCCAGUGGCAGAAGCAAAUGCAGGAUUUACUGGCUGAUCAGCAGUAGAGCCAAGCCUUGAAAGCACAGGGCAGUUAGCAGCAGUUCAGAUACACCAGUGAGCGGUGGAGCUCAUGUCUGCGCACACAAUCUGGGCUCCGUAGCUGUUUAUUUUGCCCCAUCUACAGGAGUUCUGCCAAACUGAAUGCAGUGCUGAUAAGCACGUGGGUAUUAAAGCCUGUAUCAUCCCAGCUGCAGGUGGUUUUCUGUAAUUUUUAACCAUGCAAGCUGAGGAAAAUCAAGAUUUGCAAAUGAGUGUCUCAUUCCUCAAAGCCCCACACUUCCCCCUCCCUCUUCUCCCCCAGGUGCCUAUUCUGCAGACUGGGUUGAGAGAGUUGUACUAUAAUGAAUGAUUUUAUAUUCAAAUGGUUUACUGAGCAUGAUUUGUUUUGUACAUAUUGGAAUAUGAUUUAACUUAUUUUUAUUGCCCCUUUUCAUCUCUUUUUCAUGAGGAGAAGACAGAAAUCCCCACCCUCUCUCAAUGUGAAGUUCCUCUGUGUUUGUGUGUAGUCUGCCAGGCAAACACGCAACAGCCACAGGAUUUCUCACCCUCCCUGCUGGUAUCCAAUUUUACUUUUCAUUGUCAUCUGGUUUUGUCUGCGGCUUUGCUUAGAUUCUCUUCUUUCCUCUCUGCUGCACAGUCUGCACAGGGAAGGGAAAGGGCAAUACUGGCAGGACUCUGUUCCUCUCCCCUUUCUUGUGUGCUUUACCUACCCAAGUACCAAGGAACUCAGUUCUUCUCAUCUAGGAGUUGUAUGACUGAGAGUAAACAAAUACAAACGUUCCCCCACACACCUUCCAUCCUCCAUGAUGUAGAUCAAACAGAUUCAGCUUCUCUCAAAGUGAUUGUGGCUGAAGUCAUUCCAUUGGGCUGAAUGUGUAUGGUUUGCACUUUUUCCCCCUCCACUUCAGAAACUUAAAAACAGCAAGAAAUGAAAGGCAACUGUUUAACUUGAGCCAAGUAACACUUAAAGCUUUAUAUAUUUAUUUAUAACAUCUUACACAAAGUGUUAAAAGGUGUUUUUUUUCCUUUUCUUCCACAAAAAAAAUUGGAUUAAGAAAAAAUCAUCUAAUUGUUUUUGUCUAGAUCGAGAAUGAAUGUUAGCGGAUGAAAUAAACCCUACAAUUGAGCA